AUGUCAUUUCCCAAAGAACUGCCGGACUGGAACAAUCUCAAGGUCAUCCACAAGGGAACCCUUCCGCCACGAGUGCACUUCUAUUCCUAUACCUCAGAAGAAAGCGCCCGCACCUUGAACCGCGACAAGAGUGAGUACCUGUCACUAAACGGCACUUGGAAAUUCAGACAUGAUGCGUCGCCUUUUGAGGCCCCCGAAUGGUCCUCUGCGGACCCUGUGAGCUGGGAUGACAUUCAAGUACCGGGGAUGUGGCAGCUGCAAGGAUACUCGCAUCCGACCUACACUAAUGUCAAUUAUCCAUUCCAUGUCAACCCCCUGAAGUACCUCUUCUCAACGAGACAGGAUCCUACUGGAGACAACAGCGCCUUCCACCUCUGGGUCAACGGCGAGCUUGUCGGCUACUCCCAGGGCUCACGCAAUCCUAGCGAGUUCGAUAUCACACCCAUGCUUUUCGCGCCCGCUUCCGUCAACACUAUUGCGGUCCGGGUGUACGAGUUUUGUGAUGGCUCAUAUAUUGAGCGCCAAGACCAGUGGCUUCUCAGUGGCAUUUUUCGAGAUGUCGGCUUGCUGCCCUUCCCAUCAGACUCGGUGAUUGACUUCAACGCCGUUGCCACCAUCGAGAAAGAUCCCGAAUGGAAUAGCACGCGGGGGAGGUUGAUCACUAACAUCAAAGUCCAAGGUAAAGAUGGCGAUGUUCGGGCUAAGUUGUAUGAUCCCAAUGGCAGGUUACUUCAUGAAUCGGUAUUUCCAUCCACGGAACCUACUACCAUUUAUGUGCCCGACAGGGAUCUGAAACUGUGGUCAGCCGAAACCCCUGUACUAUACACCUUGCUUAUCUCUUUCAACGGCCGGACGAUUCCCCAACGCAUUGGAUUCCGAUGCAUUGAGGUCAUUAACUCGAACUUCUUGGUGAAUGGGAAGCCAAUCAUCUUGUAUGGCGUGAACCGCCAUGAGCAUCACCAUCUCCAUGGCCGGGCCGUGCCAUGGAGAAACAUGCGUGCGGAUCUCAUCCUGAUGAAGAAGCAUAACAUAAAUGCCCUACGAUGCUCUCACCAGCCAAAUGACCCCAGGCUUUAUGAUCUCUGUGACGAGCUAGGUCUCUACGUUAUGGCUGAAGCGGAUCUCGAGUGCCAUGGCUUUGAUCCAGUGGAACGAUUUAACAUCCCGAACCAGCAACUCAUGACUGAACAUGAGAUCCAAGAGGAAUCAUACAAAAUGGCCAAGAAGUGGACUUCCGACAACCCUGAAUGGAAAGAUGCUUACCUUGAUCGUGCGAUACAACUGGUCCAGCGGUUUAAGAACUUCCCAUGCAUUAUUAUGUGGUCUCUCGGAAACGAGGCGUUCUACGGAAGAAAUCAUGCCAGUAUGUACAAUUGGAUCAAGGACGCUGACCCAACGCGUCUGGUACACUACGAGGGAGAUAGAGAAGCUAUCAGCGCCGAUCUGUACUCUACCAUGUAUUGGAGUAUAGAUGCGCUCAAAAAGCAUGUCGCUGAGAAAGGCGACAAGCCAUUGAUCCAGUGCGAAUAUGGUCAUGCCAUGGGCAACGGACCCGGGGGCUUGAAGGAGUACAUUGAAGCCUACCGCACCGAAAGGCUUCUUCAAGGAGGUUUCAUCUGGGAGUGGUGUAACCAUGGGCUUUUGAAGAGGGAUGGGGACACGACUUAUUACGCCUAUGGCGGCGACUUUGGAGACGAACCCAAUGAUGCAGACUUUAUUCUUGACGGGAUGGUGUAUUCUGACCACAUGCCUACUCCCGGAUUGAUCGAGUACAAAAAGGCCAUCGAGCCAGUCACAGUGACACUACAUCAGAAUGGGCAACAUUUAGAAGUUAUAAACCAUUACGACUUCAACACGCUUGAUCAUCUUUCCGUGACAUGGCAUCUCGUCAAAGAAAGUGGGAGCACGGAUCCAGUGCCGUGGAAACUGCCGGUUAUUGAAGCCGGGACUGCUGAUCUGGUUGAAUUCCCAGAAGGAGUGAGCUUCACCUCUGAGCCAACCUGGCUCACGUUCAACUUCUGUUUGAAGGAGGCCACUGCUUGGGCACCGAGUGGGCACGAGGUUGCCUGGGCACAGGUUGCCCUACACGAAAAACAGAAAUUGACAAUUCCUGCAACAUUGAGCUUGCCACAGUCCAUACUCUCUGUACGCGAAGGCCCAGGCAGACUAUAUAUCACCUCGAACAGCUUUUCUUCUCAGUUCACCUACGACCUCAUCAGGGGCGACCUGUCGUGGUCAACUGACGCAGGCAAGAUCUUCCACAGCGGACCACAAUUAGGAAUUUACCGUGCCAUGACGCAGAAUGAUCUUGGUUCAUCCGGUCCUUGUAUUGAAUGGGAACGCUUCCGUGUGAAGAGCACUAGCAUGCUCAUCCAGUCCGCCUGUUGGUAUGUGAAUGAAGACGGAAGCGUAUCUAUCAAGACAAAGGUUCGAGUGGCGCCCACGGUGCUGCAGUGGGCAAUGGAAGCCAUCCUCGAGUACACAAUCACACAGUCAUCUGUGACAAUCCACGUCACCGGCGACUUCACCGGCUCUCACCCAAAAUACAUUCCUAGACUUGGACUUACGCUUCGACUGCCCCGUCGUUACGAUUCAGCUACAUGGUUUGGCAGGGGUCCCGGAGAAUCCUAUCGUGACAAAAAGAGCGCUUCUCGGUUUGGCACGUACACGGCUUCUCUUGAUGACGGUCUACAGACGCCAUACGAAUGGCCUCAGGAGAACGGAAAUCGCAUCGAUACGCACUGGGUGUGUGUCAAUUCCUCGCCUCCGGAUAUUCCCCAUUCUACCUCUGCUGGGGCCGAUGCAGCUUUCCCGGUAAUCAAGGCUAUGAUGGAUGCGCCUUUCAAUUUCUCGCUGCGGAAGUACAGCAUUGCUGAAUUGGACCGCGCGAAGCACCCGCAUGAGCUAUCCGAGCUUAGGGACGAGACUGAAUUGAAUAUUGACUAUGCGCAUCAUGGAAUCGGGACAGCUAGUUGUGGUCCUGGUCCUCUUGAGGGUCACAGAUUGGAAGCUGGACCUUUUGAUUUUACGGCUAAUUUUAGGCUCAUUGGUCAUCGUCAGAGUUGA